AUGGUAUAUGUGAAAGAGCAUUAUGGUCGUCUUGGUAAUCGAAUGUUUAUUACUGCUAGUGCUUAUGGUCUUGCCCGUCUUCAUUCUUGUCAUUUGUAUUUACCACCACAAAUAACAAAAGAAAUGAAUGAGGUAUUCAAUCUUGAUCUUUCUCCUUUUCUUAUUUCAACAACCACGUUCAACUUAAUCAUUCACAAUACUACAGAUUUAAUGACUAAAAUAGCAAAGAGUGCUAUUUGUCAAUAUCUUCCUGAAUUGACACGUCCAAAUGCAAUUUCACGAGGACAUAUGUUUGAAUUACAGGGUUAUUGGCAAUCGUAUCUGCAUUUUUCUAAAUAUGGUGAAGAUAUUCGAGAACGUAUAUUUACCGCAAGACAACCUGUACUUGAGAAAGUCUCCAAAUUAUUCAUUGAUAUUUAUGAGCAAAAGUUUGCUUUCAAACCAAAAUUUUCAUUAGAAAAUCAUCAAUCAUUUAAAAAUCAAUUAGCUCA